AUGGAAGCUUCAAGCUCAAGUUUUAUUCCAAAUGCACAACGGCAUACUGGACAACAGCAGCAGCAAGUGCCAACAUCAACAACGAAAAAAAAUAAACGAAGAAAAAAAUGUCAUGGCAAUCGUAAAUUACAGCGAUUCAAAAGAAAAUGUCGUAAACGUGGUCUUACCAAAGAAGAAAUAGAAAAAUUAAUGAAUGAAUAUAAUCAAAGUAAUAAUCAAAGUUCUAAUAAAAAGAAAAAAGUACAACAUACAACCAUUGAAGAAAUGGAUGUAUCCAAUGGAUUAAAUGAUAAUAUCAAUGAAAAUGAAACAACAACAACAUCAAAAUCGAAUAAACGUAAACAACAUAUGAUACUCUCACAAAGUCAACGAUCAACGUCACAUCCAUUAGUUAAAAGAUUGAAGAAAAGCAAAUCUUCACAAAUUACUAUGACACCAUUAAAACCAACUAUUAGAUUACCAAUCUACUUGCGAGCACAUCCAAAUCUACUAUUUCGAAGUUUACGUCUACUAUUGAAGCAUAAAUUAAGAAAAAAAAGUGAACGACAAUUUCUUCAUUCUCGACUGCAAUUAAUAGAUCAACAAUGUCGUCUUGAACUUCGUCAAAAUUUAUAUCAAUCAUAUUUAAACUUAGGAUCGGAAAAGGAAGUGUGGCCAAAUGUCAUUGUGAAAAUGACAAAAAAUGAUGAACAUGUAGUAUGUCAACAAUUUGUACAGAAACAUCUCAAUGAAAUGAAAAUUAAAUAUGAUCAAUUUACAAAUGAAUUAAAAACACAAAUGCAAUCAUGUCCUGUCACACUUUUACCGUUACAAUUAACACUGGAUCAACAUCUUAAAGAACUUGUUCAAAUACAACAAAAAUAUUUAGCAACUAAGAUGCAAUAUCAACUCAAUCGAUAUCAAGACCUGAUUACAGAAAUAGAAUCAUUUCAAAUUUUAUCGACUUUUCCUCUAACCAGUGAUCAACAAAGUACGAUCGAUCGACUUAGACAUUUACAAGAAAAACAAGUACAAGUGAACGAAGAAUUUGAAAAAUUACAAGCUCGAGUAUCCAUCGAUUUUUUACCUCGAAGUUUUGAUGAAUUAGAAUGGUUUAUUGCAUUCGACGACUAUUUUCCUUUAAUGAAAGACAAUAUAACUAUUGAAUUUAAACAAAAUAGUUAUAAAAUUAUCCAAGAAGCAAAACGUACAUGGUUAAAUACCUAUGUUGAUGCCUAUGAAAAUCAAAUAGAAAAAUUCCAAGAUGAAUACGAACGUGAAUUACAUCAAUUUCAAAUAGCUAAUUCAAGUCACACUAGAAUAAGUAAUGGAACAACAACUCUCUAUCAGUCUUUUCUUAACUAUAUCAAUCGUCGAAUCAAUAGAAUAAAACAAGAGAUAGCUUAUGAAAAAAUUCCUUGUUAUCGAAAAGACAUAUUACGCGUUCAACGACACUUAAACUCUACAAACAAAACAGUCAGUGUCAAGCCGUAUGUUAUUGUCGAUCUCAUGUAUAAUCCAUUUACUACUGCUCAACUUGCUUAUCUUUCAAGAGGACCCAGUUAUAUACGACCGAAUCCAAGUGUAUUUUAUCCGGAACAAACUGUAGAAAAAAGAAUUAAAAAAGAACAUGAUGACACAAUGAAAAAACUUACGAAGUAUAUGUCCGAGAUCACAGAUCUACCAAAAAUACCACUCACAUCGUCCUUAUAUAAAUUAUAUUCUAAUCAACUUCGAUCCUGUUUAAAUCAAAGUUAUAUGACUAUAAUACCAUUAAUUGAUCAAAUACGUGCUCUACGUGAAUUAAAAAUGGUUCAAUCGAUUCGAAAAAAAUUAAAAAAAUAUAAACUUAUAUUACGUGAAACAGAUAAAAGUGGUGUACUACAUAUUGGUGCGGCCAGUGAUUAUGAAAGAAAAGCUGCUGAAUAUCGACAGACAACAGGUGCUUAUGAAGAAUUAACUUCUAAUCCAUACAAUGAUAUUAUCUGUACUGUAACACAUUUACUUAAUCAAUUACAAUCAUCCAAACGAAUAUUUGAAUGGCAACGAAAAAAAUUGAUGCCUAUACGAAAGACGACUGAAUUAGCAUAUAUGUAUUUUAUUCCUAAACCACAUAAAAAAGGUACACCACUACGACCGAUUUUAAAUACCAUUCAUGCAGCGACAAAAAAAAUAUCUCAAUUCUUAGAUAAAUUAAUUCGACCAUUAUUUGAUCGAUUUGUACGUCAAACAACAUUUGUAGAUGGUGCUGAUCUUCUUGAUCAACUUCAAAAAUAUAUUCAAAAAGGUUAUUUUAAUUCAUCAACUCUUUUUAUUACAUUCGAUAUUACCAAUCUUUAUACAAUGUUACCACAAGAAGAAUCUUUAGCUACACUUGCUGAAUUUCUUCAUACACAUAAUUGUCAAAGAGUGAAUGGCCUUUCAAUUGAUACUAUUAUUAAAUUAGCUCGUGUAGUACUUCAAGCCAAUGCUUUCAUUUAUAAUAAAAAAUUUUAUCGACAAAUUAUUGGUGGUGCUAUGGGAUCACCUUUUACUUUAACAUUAGCUAAUAUCUUCAUGUGGAAAUGGGAAAGACAAACUAUUUUACCAAAAUUACCUUCACAUGAAUUAUAUGGCCGAUAUAUUGAUGACGUCUUUUUUACAUGUAACCAAUCUGAAGACAAAGUGAAACAAUUACUAGAAGCAGCUAAUAAAUUUCAUCCAAAUAUAAAAUUAGAAUAUAAGAUUAGUAAAAGUGUUCCAUUUCUUGAUGUUUAUCUUGAAAACAAAAAUGGUAUUUUGGCAUCAUCUAUCUAUCAUAAACCUUCGGCUGAACCAACCGUGAUAUCAUUUUUAUCGGAUCAUCCACGACAUGUAUUUCGAAAUGUUAUUCAAACUGCUCUUACUAGAGCCGUACGAUAUUCCUCAACAUUUGAAAUAUUUAAUAAUGAACGACGUGCCAUUCGUUUAAUGUUCUUGUAUAACAGAUAUCCAUCCAAUUAUAUUAAUCAAGAAUUCGAAAAAUUCUUUGCUGACUAUAUGUUAUUAACUUCGUCGCCAAUUUUACCAAUGAUUACGAAUGAAAAUGAAUUUUUUGCAUUACGUGAAAAAUUAUCAAAUCAACCCACAGCUAAACAAACACAAGUUGUUACGAAUGCAGCUGCGGUAGAACUCACACAACGAACUCAAAAUGUUGCACAACAAAAUGAAAACAAUAUGGAAGCAACAGUCAAACGAAAAAAUGAUAAAUUCAAAAAUAAUAUAUUCGUUCAUGUUACAUAUGAAGGAAGAUUCAAAGGUUUAGCACGGGAAAUACAUAUGGUACAUGAUAGUCACUUCAAAAACACUGACUAUGAAGAGAAACGAUUAAUUGUCGGUUUUCGAAAUAAUCCAAAUAUAGAAUUUGAAUUAUCACGUAAAAGACCAGCGUUAUCAGUAUUGGAAGAUCCAUUAGCGAAGAAACGAAAACCAAAUGGCGUCAAUGGCAAUGGCGUGAAUAUCUCCUGA